GGAGCCUCUUGCAAGUGUUGCUUAGAUGUUUUUUGCAUGCGCCCAGGUAUGAGCACACCAACUUCCCGCCGUUUGUGGCUUAUGCUGUCGAAGGAUGGUGGUUGGACAGCUUGCUAAAAGCAGGAAAACUGUCGCGAGAGACUUACCUCGCUUUGGCGGCAAAAGUCACCGUAGGCUUCCAAAAGCGCUUGGCAGACGUCCGGGCAGCUGAGCGCUAUGAAAAAGAUUGCGCGCUGGACUUGGCCAUCAAGCAAGACGCCGUUGCUUUGCAAAGUCGGAAGCUACCGAUGCGGGUCUUCCCCGAAGUGGAGGCCUUGUCUCUUGUCACACGGGGCUUCCAGCCUUCCGGCGACCCAUUCUGGCGAUCAAAGGUGGUACUAGGUUGGGGAAAUCUUUGUUGGCCGGCGACGUGCUACAGCGCAUUGCUGACCAGCUGGGCCUGCCAGGGUACAUUGAGAUAACAGUUGAAGAUUCCCAAAGCAUGGACUUAGCGGACUUCGAUAGGAGGCGCCAUGCAGGGGUGCUGCUGGACGGGGUUGGUGACGCUCUAUUUCUGAAGCAGAACCGCGAGGCUCUGCAAGGCCGCCCCAAAAUCGUUAAAGGAGGGCGGUCGGCGACGAACGUUUACUCCUACAACUACUCCUUCUGUGGACGAGCUGUGGUGGCAACUUUCGACUUGUCUGCUGCCAAUUUGGAGGCCCUGACGGAAGAUCAUUGGUUGUCCAACCGUGAAAAUGUGAUUCUUUUGGAGCUCAAGAGUCCUGCCUUUGUUUUGGAAGUGGAGGGUGGUAGUUUGGCCAUGUCUGAGACACCCCACCAACCACGCCAAAAACGGCGCUGGGUGGGGUCCCCUGCACGCUUAGAAGAAGGUAUGACACCUGUGCGACAAUUGCUUUUUGAAGGAGCUGAAUGAUUCUGAACAAUGACAAAAUGCGUGCCUG